AGUUCCACCAAGGACUACUUGGACCAGUUGCUUAAGUUCCAGAGUUGCGAGAAAGACCCCUGGCCCUUUAAAAAAGAAAAGCCACCAUUUUCGACAAUAAUCGCAUUUCCAUGCGGCACUUUUCUAAUUUCGCCGUUUGUGUUUAACCGAGAGGCAACACAAAAUACUAGGAUGUAUACCACCGGACUCAACCCGUUCUAUGCUUCAAACUUUAGCCUUUGGUCUGCCUACUGCUCCGGCGGUUUUGCGUUGGAUUCGAUGAAGAAGCCUUCGUUUUGCAUCGCUGACAUUCUUCACGUUGCAGACGCCGAGAACAUCUCGGGAUCUUCGGCGAUCAUGGCUCAUUUGGGACCCCGUGCUCAGGUUCACUCUUCGGGGUCUCCGCUGCGCCCUUCCCCGGUGGCCCCGGAGCCGUCCGUGUUCGGCCCCGGCAGCAGGAUGAGCUCGGCGGCGUCUCCCUACCACCACAGGCACGGAAUACAUCUGACCUCUGCGUCCAGGGUGACACUGGGCUCCCCGCAAGCGCCCGCUCCUUCCAGCAAAGACCUCAAGUUUGGGAUUGACCGCAUACUGUCCGCGGACUUUGAGCCCAAAACAAAGGAGACUUCAACACUCAGAGACCUCACGUCAAUUGUUAGCUCGAAUCGUCAGUCAGGGGUCCCUAUCUCCAUGCAGCCGUCUGCGAGCCAGUACUUCACCUCCCUGGAGCCCGGGAUGAGCGACUCAUCCUCCAUGAUGAUGAGCUCCUUAGGCGGCGCUUCCAGGCAGUCAGGGCAGCAUCAGUUUCAGGACACCUUCCCAGGUCCGUAUGCUGUGCUCACCAAAGACACAAUGCCACAGACGUACAAGAGGAAACGAUCGUGGUCACGCGCAGUGUUUUCUAAUCUCCAGAGGAAAGGCCUCGAGAAACGAUUUGAAAUUCAGAAGUACGUCACCAAACCUGACAGAAAACAGCUGGCUGCCAUGUUGGGCCUCACGGAUGCACAGGUCAAAGUGUGGUUCCAAAACAGACGAAUGAAAUGGAGGCAUUCAAAGGAAGCUCAGGCCCAGAAAGACAAGGAGAAGGAGCAGGCCGAUAAAUCAUUAACGGAAGCUGACCAGAAGGAGCAGGAGUCCGAGUGUGAGAGCGAGGGGAGUGAGUCUGAGUUUGAGGACCAGGAAAAGAGUGACUUUGACCUCUCAGAACACAAUAAGACAAGUGUUAUCAUGUCUGGUGGCACCCCUGUGAGUACAGAGGACACAACACCCAUUAACACGUUCACGGAAGCCACAGCAUCAUCACAGGUUCUCCUAUAAUUGCUUAACGAAAUAACUGUAAUGUCUGAAGUAUUUAAUGUAAAUGCAUCAUUAUGUCAGAGAUGAACAGGAAAAGGCACCAUCAGAAAUCUAAAUGUCAAAAAAAUUAAAAAGGAGAUAACAAAAAGAGACACAUCUGUUGUUUCCCCUUUUGCUGCCCACAUCCAGACUGUUUGACCUUUUCCUAAAAGAUGAACAUUGUGUCUCUUCCAGCUUUGGUUUGAACUACUUGUCUGAAAGAUUAUUCUCCUAGAAAUAUUCUCUUUUGUAAAUUUCAUGGUUUUGCCAAUUUUUGUAUGCGUAAUUGUAUUAUAUCUUGUCAAAACU